CAAAUAAAAUGACUCUGUGCAGAUGAUGCGCAUGCGCGUGUCAAGGCUACGUCAGCUCUUCUCUACUAACAAUCUUUCCAAAUCUACGUGGCCCUCACUCCUCCGACUGUCUUCUCGUCUAUCACGACCUAACGAACAGCUUGAACACCAUGGAUCAGGUAAUGCAGUUCGUCGAGCCCAGCCGGCAGUUCGUCAAAGACUCCAUAAGACUCGUAAAGAGAUGCACAAAACCCGACAGAAAAGAAUUCCAGAAGAUCGCCAUGGCCACAGCGAUUGGGUUUGCCAUCAUGGGUUUCAUUGGUUUCUUCGUCAAACUCAUUCACAUCCCCAUCAACAACAUCAUUGUUGGCGGUUGAGUCAUGUUCCAGAACAAACUUUGAAUACCUGGGAACAGGAGGCGUUGGUGCAAGGUGUUAUUGGGCUGGUGUGAUCGGGGACUGAAGGGAUGGCAUUUUUACGUUCUGUGCACAGCAUUUAUAUUUUCGAUGUGUAAAUAAAACAAAUGGAAACCCACAAA